GGCAUGAUGGAGAAAGGUGACGUCGGCAACCAUGGAUGGAGCUCUCUUGUGUGUGUCGAAACGCCAAAUGUCUUCAUCGGGUCCAGCAUCAAGCAACGUUGCUGGAGCUUACACCACGGCAUGUUGACUGUGUCCACAGGCAAGUACGGCACCACACGGAAGCAUCGGGUCAAGCAGGGUGGGGCGUGGUCGGAAAAGGAGCUUGGAAUCCAAGUCGAAACCGAAGAUGGCAUUUGGUAUCACGGCAUGGCCACGUCCAAGGUGCACUGGGCCAUGUGGAUGCAGGCGUUUCAGUCGCUGCACCCUCCAUCCUCACUCACGAUGUCCCCAAAGAAAGUGAACUUUCACGGCAAGGUGCGGAUUCGGCUGAUCCCACUCAAGUCGCCCGACGAAGUCGCGCAGAUGCAUUAUUCCGACAGCGAGUUGUCGGCCAUGACAACAGACGACAAACUGCCCCGCGAUGCGUUGCGAAUGAAGACCAAUCGACACAGGCAGUACCAUCUCGCCAAGCAUUUUGUGUCCAUGUGAUACCGUGUCUACGUUUGUUAAUAUUUAAUGCUGUGUCGUCCCUCACGUUCAUCUUUCAUACUUGAAGUAGUUAACUUGUAUUGUGGAUUGGAUAUUGGCUAAUCCAUAUUGAGUGGACUUGAUUGGCUCGUGGACAGAAGCACGAGUUGGUAGUCGCGACUGUUGUCUUGCUGUUGCCGAGCCAACUUGGUCCUGGGAUGGUGGCGGUGGGAUGACAUAUAUUCAACCAAUCAGAACUCAGGCGUGAUUCACUAUUGAUUAGACAAACCAGGCGAAUUUUGGAAGUUUAUAGCGA